AUGGCCGCGACCCUCUCUUCCUCGGCGUCCGCCUCCCUUCGCUCCCUCUCAGUCCCAGAGGGAAGCACCCUCGCCACUUCCUCCCGCGCGGCAAUCCCAGCAUUCUCCGGCCUCAAGGCACACAGGGGCCUCUCCGCCUCUGCCGGGGUUCAAACAUGCACCUCCGUGUCCAGCUCCUGCCCUUGCGCGAAAUGCGGUAACCGUCGCACCAGCAUCGUCGCCAUGGCCAGCGGAGACAACCAAUUCGCCAGCGUCUCCCAAUCUACGGCCGCUCCCGCCGCUCCCGCCACCAGCGCCCUCAUUCCCGCCGUCGUCGGCGCCGGCGCUCUGGGCGCCGCGACCUACGUCGCCGUGAAGAAGCUCACCGCGUCUCCCGCUGCCGCUCCCGCCGCACCCGCCCCCUCCUCUCCCGCGGUCACCAGCGUCCCGCCCAGCGGCAUCGUCCCGCGCGCGAAGCACGCGGCGGCGUCCGCUCUCUCGACGAUGGCGACGACGUUCCCGUCGGCGAUGCAGGAGGAGGCGUUCCUGAAGGCCGUGGCGGUGGAGCUGGCGAAGCUGGGGUUCCGCAAGGACAACGGCAUCGCGCUGGUGAACACGUGCCGCGACGAGGUGUGCCGGCCCGUGGUGAGCAUCAUCGACCGCGAGUUCGGGCUGAGCUUCAACAUCUCGGGGCUGGGCGGGCUCGUCAACUGCGGCAAGGUCGGCUUCGGAGCCGCCAUGAGCCACUCGCCCGAGUUCCCCUGCGACGUCGACGGCAACCUCAAGGAGCGAUACAUUUUCUUCGCGUUCCCGCACGUGUCCAUCGGCGAGUCGGGCGAUGUGGGGUCGCUGCUGCGUCGCGGUCGCGGCAAGGCGUCGAGCGCAUGCGGAGCGUUGAUCGCCAUCAACAACGACAUCAACAACGGCGUGGCGCCCAGCAUGGACAGCGACGACCCCGAGUACACGCUACUGCGCAAGAAGAUCAUGGCUAAGGUGUCGGGCGGAGACCAGUCGCUGGUGGACGUGACGCGCGCGGCGUUGGCGGCGAUAAACGAGGAUCUUGAGAAGCUCAUCUCGCUCACGGUGAACCCCGCCACGGCGGACUACGCCGUGAUCACGGGCGUGCAGAUCCACUCGGGCGACCAGAUUCCCGGCCAGCCCUUCCGCAUCGAGCGCACCUGCGACUACAUCGCGCCCGACAAGAUAUUUCGAGAGAGCUUGUGUCACCUCCACUUCGUCUCUCCCCUUACUCCACCUCCCCCACCUCCACCUCCCCCACCUCCACCUCCCCCACUCCACCUCCCCCACCUCCACCUCCCCCACUCCACCUCCCCCACUCCACUUCGGAGUCUGCUGUACCUCUCCUCCUCCCUCACCCGCCCUCCUCCUUUCCGCGCCACUUCUUCACCCGAUUCUCACCAUUGCGAUAAUAAAGGACAGCUGAGACGGACGGCUGAGAUUUUCUUAGAGCUGCCGCCUAGGGAUCGCCAGGCGAUGGAUGCGAUGGCGGCUCGGCUUCAGAGCUCCUUCGAUGUGCGUCCUGCCAUUCCAUCCAUGCUCUGCUGGUUCAAGCUCCUUCCCCUGCCACCCUUCACCACCCUUCCGCAUCCUUCCGCGCCCUGCCAUCUCUCCUUCGAUGUGCGUCUUGCCAUUCCAUCCAUGCACUGCUGGCGCACGCUCCUUUCCCCGCCACCCUUCCGCCACCCUUCCGCCACCCUCUCCCACCCUUCUGCCGUUAUUCCGCCACCCUUCCGCCAUUCUUCCGCCACCCUUUCAGUAAUGCGGCACUCGCCCUUCCAAUCUCUCUCCUCUCGUUCUGGUCGUCACUCACUCGUCUCGCCCCCACCGUUAGCUGUCUCCCAUCGCCUUUCUCCUCCUCCCCUUGCCAUCCUCCAUCCAUGCUUCCAUCCCAUCCUCCCAAAAAUCCAUCCUCCCAUCUCCAGUGCGCCACGCAGUGAGGUGGCGGUAGCAUCAGCGCUGGAGGUGUUUCAGAGCCGAGUGGACCUCUUUCAAGCCGCCUGCGACCGGGCUCAGCAGCAAGUGGUGGGUUGUGAGGCAUGGCCAAAUUUCCAGUCUACUGAAAAAUCUGCUCAGCAGCACGUGGUGAGAGCAUGGCGGGAUGGUGAGAGCAUUGCGGAUGGUGAGAGCAUUGCGGAUGGUGAGAGCAUUGCGGAUGGUGAGAGCAUUGCGGAUGGUGAGAGCACUGCGGAUGGUGAGAGCACUGCGGAUGGACGCAACAAGGCACCGGCUGCUGUCGGAAAGCCUGGUGGACGAAGCAAGAGGCACCGGCUGCUGUCGGAAAGCCUGGUGGACGAAGCAAGAGGCGCAGCAAGUGACACGUCAGCUGUGGGUGCAGCAGGAGGAGAGGGGGAGGUGCAGAUGGUGCUGGGAGCAACUCGGUUGGAGCAGAUCAGCAAGGCUGUGAGAGCCAUGGUGCAGGACCUGCAGCACGGGCAUGCAGACAGGCACUGA